AUGCCAUCCAAAACCAGGUCGAAACCAACUCGCCUAUCCAACAGCGACUUCAGCCCAGAAGAGUGGGAAGAAUUGAAUUCCGCCUAUCCGGACAAGAGCAAUCAUAAGUUUCAAAUUCGUGAAACCACGACACCACGGGAUGAGGACGAGGAGGAUGAGGAGGGUACAGCCUUGGCCAUUGAAGGUCUCGGAGAUGAUUGGAUAGUCGAAGGCAGCUUGGAUGGGUUUGGUGGCCGUGCCAUUCUGCAAGAUGAAAACACAGAAGAGAUCAUUGCUGUCAUUUUGACUGAGAAAUGUGGAAUGCAUUUCAAUUACAAAUUGCUCACCGCCACGCCUAAGCAUCCCAAGCAAAAGCCAUACCGGAUCAAGAUCAAGGGCCAAAAGGUAUAUGAGCAUGCCGUUGUGAAACGACAGAAUUACUUUUUGGAAAAUUAUGACAUUCAAGAAGCCGGCCAAGAUCAUGUGGACUAUAGGGUUCGUGGACGUGACGUUGGUCCAUUGCAAUUCAAAGUCUAUGACACGGAAUCGCACAAGUGUUGUGGCGCCGUAACUCAAAAGCCCGGCGACGGUUCCUGGCAAGUGUCUGCAGAAGAUGUAAUCAAUCCCAAAAUCAUGAUCUGUUUGACUGCCAUUGCCAGCAAGGCCUUGGGAUAA